UGUGUGCGCGCGCGCGCGUGUGUGGUGGAUCUGCCGUCUGCGCUCUUUGAAGUUUUGUUGCAGACUUGCAGUACAACAAUGGCAGCAGAAUCAAACAACCUUGAUGAAAUAUUGACGCCGUUUUACCAAAGAGCUACCGAAGCCGAGGAACGCUUGGCAAAGCUCGAAGCUUCCCUGUCCAAAAACAAAGAGGAACAGAGUAAGCUGAUUAGUGAACUCCGGUUAGAAUUAGAAAAUGCAAAAGCCGAGCAAAUUUCUGAAAGAGAAAAGGCUAUAAAGGAGGUGAAGGAACUUACUGCUGAAAAUGGAAAGCUAAAAUAUCGGAUAAUCCAUCUCGUUCGAGCAGUGCGCGAAGCUGAUGCUGCUGCCUUGGAGUUUGUUUCAUCUAAAUUGAAAGAAACCAAUCUUGUGGACGACGCAAAACUACCAGCUAGAUAACAAGUAUGAGCUUUUCGUCUGGGAUAUAUUUAUUCUGCAUUUUUUUUCUUGAUUUAUUUACCUCUUACGGUGUCGAGUUUCUUGAUAGAACAAUUUGAUUAUCCAUUAUUUCGCGAAGUGGUUUUCGUUUCGGACAUUGUUGACUGUAAUAUAAUCUUCUAGCAUGUCUGAGGUGACAUUGUCUAUCCUCUUUGACUGAUAUUUUGCAAGUUAACAGUAUUUGGUAUUC